GUUCGUAAACGAACCCGUUAAUUGAACGAACCCCCGCCGGCUCUGUCCGUGAUCGCCAGCGCCCCUUUUAUUCUUCCGCGCUGCCUUGGAUUUUUUUCAAUGAUUUCACCCGGUGACGCGUCGCUCUUAUAAAUAGUCCGCAAAGUGCGUAAAUCAGUGGCCGCCGCCUCGUGAAAGUUACUCCAGAAAUCGUGCUUCUCUUCCUCGAAACCGAGAAAAAAGGAGAAGAAGACGCAGAAGAAGGAAUAGCCGUGCGAAGAGAGAGAUCAAGAAUGACGAGUUGGCGGUUGAAGGAGAGACGAGAAGAGUCCCGGUGCGGGAAGGUCGAGGGAUAGUUAUGAAGACAUAGUUGGGAGCAGAGUGAUCCAGUGAGGUGCGAAGGUGAGGGGUGGCGUGUGCGCGAGAAGAUCGAAGUGGUGACCCGGUGGGAUCCCGGGGCAAGGAAGACGCGGCGAGAUCGUGGAUCGACGGAUGUGGUGCAAAAGGCUGAUCUGGAUUUUCCAGUGGCUCUGGACAGGCUGCGAUAUUUGGCUCUGACGAUGAGUUCUUUAUCCGUUGUGCCUUAAGAGCAUCCGCUAGUGCGGUUCUCGGCCCCGCUCGACGAGGCUUAAACUUAGACGCCGAAAUUCCGCUGCAACUCGAGCCGAAAUACGAGUCGGGUUCUAAGCGUGUUUGACAGCCGUCGUUGUUCGAGCAACCACAACCUUUUCCUUCUUUUCUUUCCUCUUUUUCUUUCCUUUUAUUUAUAACGCUUAUCGCGAGUAGCUAGCCCUAAAUAGAAUAGCAGAGUCCACGCGUGACUAGAUUUACAAGCAUUUAUUUUUACGAUCACCGACCUUUCAUCGGCGACUUUGUAACAGAGGAGACAGGGUGUAGAGAGAAGAGGGAAGAAAAGACACGAUGAGAUUCGUCUGACGGAUUAAUCGUGGAUUAAUGGUCGAUUAAUCGGUGACUGGUGGUGACGGAUCAUGUGCGCGGAUCGCGUGAGAGAUAAAACUGGCGUGUGCCUCUGAAGAAUCGGGGGGACGGAGGUCGUGGAAGGCGGAGAAUGGAUGGCUCGACGUCGAAAACACUUUCACCGAGUUCCUCAGGAUCCGGAAAGAUCCACUUGGGCGAGGGAAUGGCGUUAUCCGGUCUACGAAGAGCUCUGUCUCAAGUGUCGAUGCUGGUCGUUAAAGCGACCACGUCGGGGGAAACUGCUUGGAGGGAGGAGCUACAAAAAUAUCGACAGACCAGAUUCAGCUCGCGAAGGAUACGCAAGAGGGUGGUUUUCAAGCACGGCGAUUGCAAUGUCGUACAAGGAAAUGUCGCCAAGCGACGGCGCCGUUACCUUCAGGACAUUUUCACGACACUGGUCGACGCACAAUGGCGCUGGACGCUUCUGGUGUUCUCCAUGAACUUCUUGCUCUCGUGGCUAGGUUUCGCCCUGAUAUGGUGGCUCAUAGCGUACAGCCAUGGCGACCUCGAUCCAGAGAAUUACACCAAUCCAAACUUGACGUUCACCCCGUGCAUCGUGGACAUUCGUGGAUUCACCAGCUCCUUUUUAUUCUCCAUCGAGACGCAGCACACGAUCGGGUACGGGUCAAAGCACCCAACAGACGAAUGUCCAGAGGCAGUGUUCGUGAUAUGUAUCCAGUCAAUGACAGGUGUGAUCCUGCAGGCCUUCAUGGUCGGCAUAGUUUUCGCGAAACUCUCCCGGCCAAAGAAGAGAACACAGACACUGCUGUUUUCGAGGAACGCCGUGAUCUGUCAGAGGGACGGCCAACCUUGUUUAAUGUUCCGGGUCGGUGACAUGAGGAAGAGUCACAUCAUCGAGGCUCACGUCAGAGCGCAGAUGAUCAAAAGAAAGGUUACCAGGGAAGGGGAACUGUUGCCGUUCUUCCAAACGGAACUGAAAGUGGGCGGAGAUGGCGAGGAGGACAAGAUAUUCUUUAUUUGGCCAACCACGAUCGUUCACAAGAUCGACGAACAUUCUCCUCUUUAUCACAUAUCGGCCAGCGAUAUGCUGCGGGAACGAUUCGAGAUCGUGGUGAUAUUGGAAGGUGUCAUCGAAUCGACCGGCAUGACCACUCAGGCUAGAAGCUCCUACCUGCCGUCCGAAAUUUUAUGGGGACACAGGUUCGAACAUAUAAUCACGUUCAAGAAGGAGACGGGAGAGUACGAAGUGAACUACACCCUGUUCAAUAACACCUACGAGGUGGAUACGCCAUUAUGUUCGGCUGCCGAUCUGGACAAGAUCAGGGCGAUGCAACGGGCGAAAGGAGAACGUAUGAGCAGCAGCGGAUUCGCUCAUUAUCGCGAUGCAUCGAGCAGUUCUUUGACCACCGGAUCCGGUUCCAGCCUGGCAUCCUCUACCGGUGGAUUGCACAUGAACGUGCCGAUGACGACACUGACUCCGAUUCCAGUUAUGAUCACCGGCCCCGACGGCUCCCUCAGACGAGAGAGCAUGCAAAGUGGUCAAACGGAUUUGAAGCAGCCUAUAUUUUACACUCAGAACGAGUAUCUGGACCACGAGUUGCACUCCUUAAAUCACCCGUUGGAUGAGUCCGAAAUCCAGGAGGACUACGAUCGCGUGCUGGAGGACAUCAACGCGACGUUGAGAAAGAACAGAGGAGCAAGCAGGGAGGACAGAAGAAUGCACAGGGAGCCGUCCAAGUGUACCCUGGAUUCCAGGAGGAGCGAGUCCAGGGACGUGAUCAAGAGAUCCAGCUCCAGAACGACCAUGGAUCAGAUUCCAGCGAUCAAUCCUCCGCCUGCAAGAUCAUCCUCGCGACUGCAUUUAGAUCCCAGACAUACCAAGUUCGCCGAUCACUCGGAAGUGUAUCGUGAACCUCCGCCUCAUCCCCUGCCCUCCUCGAGGAGAUCCAGCCUAGGCGACAAUCACAAGCCCAAGGAUCAGCAGAAGAAGACCAGCUUCGUCCUAGGCGACGACGAUCACCACGUGAUAAACAUCGAAUCAACGAUCCCGAAGGUGUCUCCGGCUCGGCAGGAACCGUUGCACGUCGAUUCAUCCAAGACGAACCAUCAUCCUAGCGACAGUGGUCCUCAGGAACAAGUGUAGGGACGAGGAAUGGUGGGAUUCCGCGAACGGAAGGGCGGUGUGAAUGCCGGAGGAAAGUGAGAGGAAACGAAGA